AAAGUAAUUAAACAGUCGUGAAAAUUUUGCAGCAACUGUGAUUUCAGUUUUUUUAAUACACUUUAUAUCCAGCAGGGGUGGCUAUAAUACAAGUGAAGGCGCGUCAUCAUCAGAGAUAAAACGCCACUUUGCAGCAGACAACAAGACUUGUUACGCCUCACACCUCCGAACUGACCAAUCGGAGAGCAGCGUCGGGCAGCGAUACCCCCCUCCGUCCCGCCCCUCAUUGUUGGCUCGACCAAUGGGAAACCAGCCACCAGCACAGGUUACGAGCGACUUGACAACAGUAAGGACCGAGCCGCAUCGUUGCUUCUUCUUCACUGGUGGUUUAAUCUUGUGGGAAACUGGCGAGGGGGCACUUGAAUCAACAUGACGCUGAGAUUGCGGGGGAGGUGCCGGGGAGGCCGCUGACGGCGGGAAAGGCUAACAAGAGCAUGUUCUCAGCGAAGCAAGGCGCAGUCAGGAGCAUGUUCCCUUAGCGGGACUCGUCCGUCAUCCUCCUCUUCCUUGUCCCCCCCCCCCCCCCCCCCCCCCCCCCCAUGACCGGCCCUGACCCCCCGAACCGGGUGGCAGCCCGCUCGGCCAAGCUCAGCCGGCACGGACGCUCCAAAAGCUCCAGUGCCCACUGCCUACUGCGCCGGGCUGCCUGCGAGGAUUCGAGCGAAGGCAGCAGCCCCAACCGCGAGGAAGAGGAGAAGGAUGGAGGACUGCUCUUCCACGUCAACCGCGCCGGCUUCCCCAUCGAGGGGGCCACCUGGGAGAGGAUGUGGGCCCAUGUGGCCGCCGUGCACCCAGAGGGCCAGGAGAUGGUGGACGCCAUACGCAACGCUGCCUACCUGCCCAAGCAUCACGUCCCCCCGCUGCCCACCUUCAGGCCGGCAAUGUCGGUGCCAGACUGGCUUGUGGUGGUCCAGAAUUUCAUGAAGGCUCUGCAAUAUAACCACACGGGCACGCAGUUCUUCGAGAUCAAGAAGAACCGACCUCUCUGUGGGUUAAUGGAGACGGCGCGGGAGAUGGUGCGAGAGUCUCUGCCAAUCAAAUGUCUGGAAGCUGUCAUCCUGGGCAUCUACCUGACCAACGGCCUGACAUCGCUGGAGCGCUUCCCCAUCAGCUUCAAGACGCAGUUCUCGGGCCACUGUUUCCACCACGUGGUCCUGGGCGUCUACUGCAACGGACGCUACGGCUCGUUGGGCAUGAGCCGGCGCUCGGACCUCAUGGACAAGCCGCUCAACCACCGCACGCUCGGUGAGCUGGUGGACGACUUUGAGAGCUCCUACAAGCGAUACCAGCACAGCCUCAAGAAGGUGAAGAUCGGCCUGUACGUCCCUCACGACCCUCACGUGUGCCAGGCCAUCGAAUGGAAGUACCUGGUCCUCAACGCCACCAAGAUGGCCGCUCCGGAGAUGAGGCAUGAGCUGGAGAAACACGGGCGAGACAUGAGGAUGAAGAUCCUGAAGUCGUCAAGCGCUCAGUCUCCCAUCAAGGAGCGAAGUCGCGGCAAAUCGCUCUCGCCGCGCCGCCACCGGCAGGGCGGCAGCCCACAACGACGACUGGGGCGACGCAGGGACAAGUCGCCGGCGUGCGUGGAGGCGAAAUCUCCCGAACUGAGCACACUGACUGACGGAUACCAGAUCCGAAUUUGACUUGCGGAUCCUUUCCCGGGCCUCUUCGCUUCUUGGCCUUCAGCAACGUCAACCGUAGCCAGUCUCCUUAGACUCCGCCCACUUUGCACACAGCCAAAGGCACGUUUAUGCAAAGCGUCCAAUCACGGCAAACCUGCCGACGAGCUCAUUUCGGCGCCAGCACAAAUCUCCAUAGCGACCACGACGGGCGAUAAUCAAUCGCAGAACCACUAAAAGAGGAGCUCGUGGAUUUCAGAUUCAUCCUGACAAUUCAAACAUCUUCAACUUUCAGACCUGUAAUGUCAACUUUUCAAUCAGUAUUUUAUUUUGUAGUAAUUGACGUUUGAGUGUGAUGCAUUUUUGUUCCAAUUAAGGUUGUUAGCACACACACACACACACACACACAAACACACACACACACAAACACACACACACACACACACACACACACACACACACGCACGCACACAAAAUACAGUGGAGCAAAUGAACAAGUGGCCUGUCCUUAAAACCAAGAUGUUUUGUAUUUACAGUACUUGCAUCUAAAACAUUUUUUUAAAGCGUUUCAGUGUUUUUCAAGUUGAACGCAAAAAAAAUCAUGUAGAGUGUGCUUGCUUUUGUAGCUAUGGGAAGACGCCCCCCCCCCCCCCGGCCCCCAACCCACCAUUGCAACUCUUGUGAUGUCAUCUGACUGUUACCACGACAAUGCAUGUCUUCAGCAAUCAAUAAAAUGAUUGAGCUUUU